GCUACCAACGCCAAACAUGGCGGAAGAAGGAACGAAAAAAAGUUUGUUUGGCGAUAGCGAUGCAGAAAGUGGAGGCGGAAGCCCAGUGCAGAGAAGUAGGUCAGGUAGUCCAGCAAGUAGGGAAGGCAGCCCAAUGGAAACGGGCUCACCGGCUCACAGCAAUGCUUCAGGAUCACCAGUGAACAGUCGAUCUCCCAGUCCAAACCACAGUGAUAGAUCCAGAUCACAUUCAAGGGAAGGUUCUGCCAGUCCAGCUAGGUUGGGGUCACCAGGGAGUGAACACUCUGCCCAUUCGCCUGCCCACAGUAGCAGAGGCUCACCAAGCCCAGCUGGCAGUAGAGGGUCAAGUCCUGCAGGAAGUCCGGCAGGUUCAGUGAGCCCUACUCGCAGUAACAGAAGUGGUUCUGGUAGCCCAGCAAGAAGUCAUCGGAGCGGGUCAGGAAGCCCAGCAAGGAGUGCUCAUAGUGGGUCAGGAAGCCCUCCGGGAUCAAGGGCGGGCUCUGCCAGCCCGGCUAGAAGUUACAGAAGCGGUUCGGGCAGUCCACAACGAAGUGGUUCUGGAAGCCCACCCGGGUCUGCUAGUCCUGCCCGUAGUGGCCGCAGUGGUUCUGGAAGUCCUAUAAGGAGUAGGUCAGGCUCUCCAGUCAGAAGUAGGUCGGGGUCUCCUGCAGGGAGCAGAGAGGGGUCUGCAAGCCCUGCCAGAAGUGCAAAAAGCGGGUCCGGGUCACCAGCAAGAGACAGAAGUAGGUCAGGCAGUCCCGCACAUAGCCAUAGGAGCAGAAGCAGGAGUGGAUCAAGAAGUCCUACCAAAGGGAGUGGGUCCGAUUCUGAUGGUUCUGUGAUAGGCAGGAAGAAGAAGAAGAUUGUAGAUAGCGAAGAUGACGGGCUGUCAGAUAUGGAGACAGGAAAUGUACAAGCCACUGUGGAUGAGCUGUUUGGAGAUGCAGACGACAUAAGUUCAGACGAGGAGGAUAAGGCGAAGGCUGGUUCAGACGACGAUGUGAGAAGGGGUUCAGAUGAUGAGGAGGGGAAAACAAAGCGUCCAGUGAUCGCAGGUUCAGACGAGGAACAAGAGCCUGAGGAGCCAGUGGAGACAAGGAUCGAGGUGGAGAUACCGCGUAUAAAGACUGACCUGGGAAGGGCGGUGCACUACGUGAAAUUGCCAAACUUUCUCAGUGUUGAUACCAGACCGUUUGAUUUGGCCACAUAUGAAGAUGAAAUUGAUGAAGAUGACGUUUUAGACGAGGAAGGACGCACAAGAAUGAAAUUGAAGGUGGAGAACACGAUCAGAUGGCGAACACUGAAAGAUGAGGAAGGGAAUGAUCUCAAGGAUGAAAUGGGUCGACCUGUGCGUGAGAGUAAUGCUCGAUGUGUUAGGUGGUCAGAUGGAAGCAUGUCUCUGCACCUUGGAGAUGAAAUAUUCGACAUCCAUACUAUGCCCAUACAAGGGGACUUCAACCAUCUCUUUGUACGACAGGGAACCGGUCUACAGGGACAGUCCAUCUUCAAGACCAAACUCUCAUUCAGACCCCACUCCACAGAGUCGUUCACUCACAGAAAGAUGACACUGUCGCUGGCCGACAGAUCUACGAAGAAACAGAAAGUAAAGAUUCUGCCUAUAUCAGGCCAUGAUCCUGAGUCACAGCGGUCAGAGAUGAUCAAGAAAGAGGAGGAGCGUCUGCGUGCAUCUAUGAAGCGUGAGAGCCAGAAACGGCGUGUGCGGGAGCGUGCACAUGGGAAGGGGCUUAGCGGGGGCUACCUGGAGGGCUAUGAGGAUGAUGAGGAUGAGGAAGGCAUCUCUAUAUCAGCCAUCAAAAACAAGUACAAACCUGGCAGGAGGGGAGGAGGGAAAGAAAGGCCAAACAUCUAUUCAUCAGACAGCGAGGAGGGUGGAUUUGACUCGGAUAAGGAAGACCUGGGUGCCAAGAGGCUAAUGAAGGCCAAGAAAGUCAUCAGCGAUGAUGAGGACUCCGAUGCCGACACAGGGCCGAAGAAAAAGCGAGCGAGGAUGGUUGAAAGUUCUGAUGAAGAGGCGGGAGGGGCCGGGAGUGACCAUGGCAGUGGAAAGGAGAUGGACACUGGGGGAGGAGCCAGCCCCGCCAAGGGAGCUGUCUCAGACUCUGAUUGACACUCUGUCAGGGAUAAGAGGGGUUUAUGUAUUUUGAUGAUAUUGAAGAGACAGUGGUUCCGAAACUUCAGCACUUACAGAAGGAGACAUCACAUGUGUAAAAAUAUUGUCCUAUCUUAUAAGUGGCUUGCCGGAUGUUAAUAAAAUGCUGGUGGACCUCAGCUUCACUGAAAAAGAAAUCUGAAAUAAAUUUCAGUAUAAAACAACAUAUGAUAGUGUCAGAAUGUAGAGCAGCAUUAUUUCUGGAAUAACUGGUAUCAGACUGUUGCUUUAUAGUACAACUUGUGUACUGGUACAGAUGCACCUGUUGCUUGUGAAUAAUUUCUAGGGAUUGUAAGUUCAUUUUUUUAAAGCAAAUGUCUUGUUUGACUAUGAAACAUUUCUAUGUUUAUUUAAAAUAUGUCAAAAAAAAUGCACAUAUGUGCCACAUUGUCAAAGUAUUGUUAUAUUUGUAAGCAUACUCCAAUUUUUUAGUACCACUAACUUCCUUUAAAUAAUUGCAAAAUAAUAAAGAUCACUUUUGUAUGUGUAGAUGACAGUUUACAAAC